CUUUUAGCCAAAUAUGAAACUGAAUCUAGAGUUUCUUUUGGAGGAUCUGGUCGAGCGGAACAACACAACCGUUACCUUGUUACCUAGGGAACAGUGAAACAAGAAUGUGGAGAAUUUCAAGAAAGAUAAGCUGACAUACAUGAUUGAAAAUCAUAAAGAGCUAGUAUGUGCCAAAAAACAAGAUCAAAUGCCAUAGAAGGCCGAACACAAGACAUCUAUGGCAAUCCACUUACAUUUUAUGCAAUAACUCAUGGACAUUUAACUGAUUGUAAGGAAUAUGUGAUAGCUAAAGAAGCAUUUAAUUUUAAAAGGUGGCUCAUAUUUAUGACCAUCUUCAGUUCACUUGCAUUUUACUGUGAAUUUUAUAAUGCUGAUGCAAACUUUUUGGGUGUUUUUCUUUUCAUUUUAUGUGUAGUCCUGAUUCUUAAAUUACAUCUCAAGGUGAAACAAGAAUCAUUAUUAGUGAUUGCUUCACUUGGUCUUCAAUUAACAACUACUUUUGUCACUGGCAGAAAAGAAUCCCAAUUUAUAUUUAAUCAAAAUAUAUAUGAUGCUGUUAUAAAUGAAGGAAUAUACAUGCAUAGAAUAAUAUUUUAUUUGGCUGUUCUCUUGAGAGACAUCAAAGAACCUCUUAAAAUUUGUAGUAUUAUUCCUUUAUUUCAGCAUACAUUUCCCAGGCUGGAUUGUUUGGAAAAAAUCUAUUGUGAAGUACAAAAUUCACUUCGAAACAAUUACUACAAAUCUAAAAUGUAGUAAUAACAAAAUUUAUUCUGUGAGUAUUUUAUUUACAUAACACAUUAAUGAUCUGUACAUUUGUUUAUAUUUAUAAAACACCUAUGCUUUUCAUGAGUAUUUCUUUCUAGUAUUGUAGAUUUCAAACAAAACUCUAUUUAAAAUUCAUGAUUGAAAUGUGUUUAUAUCAAAUAUGCUUAUGUUCAUUGUAAUUUAUCUGUCUUCCAUGUAUGUGUUGCUUUUUUUUAUAUCUAAAUUUUAUGAAUUGAUGUCCCAUUUGUAAAAUAUUGUUUUUACAGUGUUUUAUUCACGAAAAUUAUACCCUGUUAUUGAAACUAUUUGGCCAUAUAUUGAAUAUAUGCUGACAUGAUAGUCUAGAAAUCUUAUUUACACCAUGCAUGCCAUGUUGCAGACAUGGGUUUAAUGAUAAUGUUUCCCAGGGGAUCACAUCGCAUUUUACUAACACUACAAUAUAUUUUAUAUGGAGGUCUGAUAUUUUAGCUUGUAAGGAAAUGUCAAGCAUUAUAAAUAUUAAAUGUUAAGCAUUAUAAACAUAAAUAAAAUACUAAGAUAUGUGGAUGUUAUCAAAAUAAGCUAAAAAUUGAUUAAAACUAAAACAGUUUAACCAAAUCAUGUAUCAGGCAACGUAUUUGAUAUCAGAUGGAAAUGGAUUAAAAAAAUAUAUAUUGCGGCCCCCUGGGAAAUAAUACCACUUGACCAUGACAUGCAAUGUGAUAAACAUACUUUUUGUAUAAUGGUAUAAAGAUAUAUAAUUUUUAAAAUAUUCAUUUGUAUAGAUAUAUUUGUUAAUUCAUUUUCCAUUUUUUCUCAAAAAGUUAAAGAGGAAUUACCAUUACUUUUACUUGUUUUUCAUGAUGUUUGAUUCAUUCAUUAUAUUGAAUAUAUAUUUCUAUAAUUCAUAAUAUUUUAUUAAAAAAUAUUUGAUUGCUGUAUGAUUUAAAGAAUGCUUUCAAGAAAUUAUAGGAUUAAUUUAAAGCAAAAACAAUUCCUGGAAUAUUAUUAUUUUUUAAUGUUUAAUUAAAAGUGUGCAUUUCUAUUUUUUUAUUAACUAUCAUGUUAAAAAAUGUUGGAAUAACAUUGUUUGCUUAAA